AUGGGAGAGGACUGCAUCAGUUUUAAGGCUAUAGUCGCCCAACAACCUCAACAGUUUGCCAACAUUGCGCGGCGCAGUAUGAGGUUGGUGCAGUACGGGAAGCCCUUCCAGCUUGCUAAGGAAGAGGUACCCACUGCACCUAAAGGUGGGGCUGUCGUCAAGACGGAGUAUGCCGGGGUGUGUCAUUCCGAUGUACACGCUGCGGACGGAGACCUUCUCAAAUUCAUCCCUCUUGAUAUAGUUGGAGUGAUUCUUGGCCAUGAGAUAGCUGGCACUGUUAGCGACAUUGACCCCAGCGCAGACCUAAAGGUAGGAGACCGGGUGGUGGUGUAUUGGACCGGUGGAUGUGGGGAGUGUAAGCGGUGCGAGGUGGGACAGACUAUCGCAUGUCUCAACAACGUCAAACACUGGGCUGGCAUCAAUGAAGACGGCGGGUUCUCCGAUUACGUCGUCAUUCCUGACGCCAGACUGUUGGUGAAGGUGCCUGCCACGGUUGCCAUGGAUACGGCGUGUCUCCUCCCCUGUUCUGCGCUCACAGCCUACAACGCCGUCUCCACAAUUGUGCCCACCGUUGAAGACUUCGCUAAAUAUAGUGACGACUGUGCAGUACUGCUGGUGGGCGCUGGGGGGCUCGGCCUGUGGGGUGUCCAGUUCGCCAAACAGCUACUUCCAGCUGGAGUUCGUGUCAUUUGUGCCGACAUAAACGAGGAGAAGCUGGCUGCAGCCAGAGAAGCCGGAUGUGACGACGUUUUACUGUGGAGUAAUGGAGUUGAUGACGUCACCGCUGUGGCUGCAACCCAAAAAGUGUGCGGGAGUCUGGGUGCUGCUGUGGCCGCCAUCGACUUCGUCAACGUGCCUGAAACUUUUGAACGUUUGCAGAAAAUAAUGGCCGAGGGUGGCGUACACGCUCUGGUGGGCUUGUUUGGAGUCGAUGCCCCUGCUACAGUUCCUCUCUUUCCGUUUGUGGCGGGUCGUCACACCGUUACCGGGGUCGCCAUAGGCUCACUGCCACAGCUGAGGGACGUCAUGUCACUGGUGGCGCAAGGGAAGGUCAAACCGCCACCCAUUUCCCAUCAUCCUUUGGAGAACGUGUAUGACGUCAUUCAAGAGCUGAAAGCUGGAAAGGUCAAAGGUCGUGCAGUUGUGAAGUUCUAAGAUAUGAUAUCCACCGUUCUCGAAUCCAUACAGAAUAGGAGCGAGUAAGAUUCGAUUAAAGACAUAGUGCCCUGUGAAAAAAUUGUAGCCAACGACUAUGUGAAUGAAAAUUAUCUUAAAAUGCCUUAUAAGUUUGUA